UCCACUUUACACGCGCAAACGUCAUUCGGAACAUUCGAAAACUCUUUCAAAAUAGCGAAUAACUUUUUAUCGUUGAAUAAUUCGAAUUUGAAUUGUAUUCCACAGAAUUUUACGUUAAAUUUGAGCAAUUUCCAUUUAUUCUAGCUUGGAAUUCAAAGAGGUUCAAACAAUGAUUCGAAGUGUUUUAGUUUUGAUGUUGUUCGAAGUAAUGUGUUUGGAUGAAAAAUGCUUAGUUUCUUCGGAAAGAAACGAAUUAGCGCACAUUUUACAGGUGGAUUCCAGUAAAAUGCAGAACUCUUUAGGUUUUAAAGAGGGCGAAAUAAAAGAUAUUCUUACAAGACUCAAUUAUUUCAGAAGACAUCCUCCGGCUACUAGCAAUAAAAUGAUAAAAUUGAUGUGGAAUGAAAAAUUGGCAGAAAUGGCAGAAAAGUGGGGCAAGAACUGUCCUAACAUGCGAGGCCCAAAAAACUGUCUGAAGUUCAUUAAUCAGAAUAUAUACAUGGGAAGUGAAAUUGCUAUAAAUGCAAUUCAGAGCUGGGGCAAUUACAGGUCAUAUAAUUACACCGAAAACAAUUGCAAAGAUAACGAUUUACUUGGAUGUUUAAAUUAUAAGGCGUUAUUUUGGGCUGAAAGUCAUUCCGUAGGAUGCUCAAUGUUAACUUGCCCACCCAAUAAUUUAUUAAUAUGCAAUUUUUAUCCAGGUGGAAACGUUCGUGAAGAUCUACCUUUUGAGGUAGGUGGAGUAGACUGUAACCCUAGUCUAUGUCCACCUCAAGCUCAGAAAUGUGACACAGAUGAUCGCCUUUUUAGUUUAUGCGAAAUGACGUCAGUUCCAGAAAUACCGGAUGACGUUAUUAACUGUGCCCAAGAAUUGAAACCGAAUACAACUAUUAACGCCGAUUCCUCUGGACACAGAAGUACUUCUAUGGUCGAAAAGAAAAUAACAAAAUUAGCAAUUGCAUUUGUAAUGAUGAUUACAAAUCUUUUCUACAUACAUGUAUAGAAGUGCUUAAAAUAUUUUAAAUUACACAUUAAUUCGAUAUACUGUUUAUAUAUUAUCAAAAU